AAAAAAGGCCCAUUUUGCUCUACAAAAAGUAGGCCCAUUUAUUGCUCGGGUUGGGUAAGCCCAACCCGAGGGAGGCCCAUCGUUUUCUGCUAAUUUCAUUUUCUUCCUCCUCAUGAUCUACAGUCUCACUCUACAAAUCCAGGAACUUUCCCAGAUUCCUUAUUCCUAACCAAAUUUUCUAUUAUGAAAAUCGAAUUCAGUUGCUUCCACGCCAAUCACGCUCGCGCAGCGCAAGAUUGUAUCUCGAAAUAAUUCAGCAAUCUCAAAUUGAUCCCCAAAGCUGUCGUCUUCCUCCGUCGCGGGCCAUCCUCUUUCCCGUACGAAGGAUUUGAGGGUGCGGGGAUUUUCUUCGAUCUGAUCUAGGUGUUUUCUGCAUUCUCUCCCGAUUUGAGUGGGGAAUUCGCCGACCUUUUGCCCAGAUUGGCGAGGAAAUGGGAAUAGUGUUUACGCGGCUGUUUUCGUCGCUGUUUGGAAACAAGGAAGCUCGGAUCCUGGUUCUCGGCCUUGACAAUGCCGGAAAAACCACUAUUCUUUAUCGACUUCAGAUGGGUGAAGUAGUAUCUACAAUUCCGACAAUUGGGUUCAAUGUGGAAACAGUGCAGUAUAACAACAUAAAGUUUCAAGUUUGGGAUCUAGGUGGUCAGACAAGUAUCAGGCCAUACUGGAGAUGCUACUUCCCCAACACUCAAGCUAUAAUAUAUGUUGUUGAUUCAAGUGAUACAGAUAGGCUGGUGAUUGCCAAAGAAGAAUUUCAUGCAAUACUAGAGGAGGAAGAGCUUAAAGGUGCUGUCGUCCUCUUAUUUGCAAAUAAACAGGAUCUUCCCGGGGCACUUGAUGAUGCUGCAAUUACUGAAGCCUUGGAACUGCACAAGAUUAAGAAUCGGCAAUGGUCUAUUUUCAAAACUUCUGCUAUAAAAGGAGAAGGCCUUUUUGAGGGCUUGGACUGGUUGAGUAAUACACUAAAAUCUGGAGGUGGCUAAGUCUCUGUGCGAGAACAUGAUGUCGUUGUUGUCCAUCCUUGAUCAAGAAAAAUACGAUCGUCACUGGCAUGAUUUGUGUAGAGAUUCGAUUAGGACGACUAUCUGCGGACAGAUUGCGGAUAGAGCUAUAUGUUGGUUUUUGAUUAAAUAUGAAUAUCUAGCACUUUUUUUCUUCUUCUUCUUCUUCUUCUUCUCAUUUCUAUACCUUCAUACAUUGGUUGACUUUCACAGUAAAUGACUCAUGGUGACAAGUUUUAGGUAUA